UUUUCCACCAUAGUUUCUACAGGAAGUGACGUCACACGCUGUGUCGGGUCUUCUUUUUGUCGUGUGGUAGCAGCAACCAGAGCCAUCAAAGAUGACUACAGCUGCCAGACCAACGUUUGAGCCAGCGAGAGGAGGGAGAGGUAAAGGAGAAGGAGGAGGGGAUCUGAGUGCCCUGUCUAAGCAGUACUCCAGUCGAGAUCUUCCAGGUCACACCAAGAUCAAGUACAGGCAACCUACCCAGGAUAACCCAGAGGAGGUACGUGCCCGUGACUUCCGCAGGGAGCUGGAGGAGAAGGAGCGUGUAGUUGCACGUGAAAAGAUCAGAGAAAGGGGACCAAGAGACCACACCACAUCGUCAUCAUCUUCGUCAUCAUCUUCAAAGAGGCCCAGACUGGAUCAGAUCCCAGCAGCCAACCUCGACGCUGACGACCCUCUCACUGAUGAUGAUGAGGACGAGGACUCUGAUGACGACAGUGAUGACGACGACACUGCUGCUCUUCUGGCAGAACUGGAGAAGAUCAAGAAGGAGCGGGCUGAAGAGCAAGAACGCAAAGAGCGGGAGCAAAAGGCAGAGGAGGAGCGGAUUCGCAUGGAGAAUAUCUUGAGUGGCAAUCCAUUGAUCAAUUUGGCAGGGCAGCAGCAGCAGCAGCAGCAGCAGCAGCAACAACAGCAGAUAACCCAGACUCUGAAUACCUUCAGAGUAAAGAGAAGGUGGGAUGAUGAUGUUGUUUUCAAGAAUUGCGCCAAAGGAGUAGACGAUGCACGGAAGGAGAAACGCUUUGUCAAUGACACACUUCGCUCUGAGUUCCACAAGAAAUUUAUGGAGAAAUAUGUAAAGUAAAGGACUGUCUGUUCAUUUUGUUGUUGUUUUCCCGUCUCAUCUCUUUGGUCUCCGCCCGACUGUUGCCCUCUGUCCCAAGAGUGAUAGAUGGUAUUUAGAUACAUUCUGUACUCAAAUGCAUUAGUAUUUGUACAGUCAACACAUAAAAGGUUGUAUAUAAAGAGCUGGUGAGGACUGAAAUUGUUAGAUUCAACAUCUGUGUCUUUCUGUAUUUUUUUUUUAAAUAUUGAUUUCAAUAAACAUCUUUAAGGCUGUGUUUAAAA